AUGAUAUCGCCUCGCUACCGCAUCCUCACCGCACGCCCGGCAUGGAUCUGCAUUCAAUGCAGAGCCAACUCCUCUGUCGCAUCCCGCGCUGCAUCUCCGCAAGUCCACCGCAGCAAAACCACCGUGCUCGACAAAGCUGCCAGGACGCGUUUCGCUCCUUCGCCGACGGGAUAUCUUCAUCUAGGCUCGCUUAGGACGGCACUUUUUAACUAUUUGCUGGCCAAACGAACCGGUGGCCAAUUCUUGCUUCGACUGGAAGACACGGACCAGAAAAGGACGAUACCUGGCGCAGAAGAACGGUUAUACGAAGACCUUCAAUGGGCGGGUCUGGAAUGGGAUGAAGGGCCCAAUGUUGGUGGUCAAUAUGGUCCAUAUCGACAGUCGGAGAGAACCGCUAUUUACCGGGCUCAUGCAGACAGUCUGAUAUCGACCGGCCAUGCUUAUCGUUGCUUCUGUAGUGCCGAACGUCUAGAUACACUUGCGCGCCAUCGCAACGAGGCCGGCCUUCCACUUGGAUACGACCGCAAAUGUGCUGAUAUCCGACCCGACGAGGCAGAAGAGCGAGCCGCGGGUGGCGAGACUCACGUUGUUCGUUUGAAAACCGAUGGAUACCCGAUGUUCCGUGACCUUGUAUAUGGCAAGACAGGCCAGAAUCGGACCGGGGGAAAGAAGCCGGUGGACUUCAUAGACCGCGUUUACGAAGACCCCAUUCUUCUCAAAUCGGACGGACAUCCUACAUAUCAUUUGGCAAAUGUUGUCGAUGACCACGAGAUGAAGAUUACACAUGUUAUUCGAGGAACAGAAUGGAUGGCAUCGACUCCAAUGCACGUCGCGCUCUACAACGCCUUCAAUUGGACUCCUCCUGAGUUUGCCCAUGUGCCGCUUCUUGUCGACAAGAACGGGCAGAAGCUGAGCAAGCGCAACGCUGAUAUUGACAUAUCGCACUUUCGAGACAGCGGAAUCAUGGCUCCAGUGCUCCUCAACUUUGCGGCUCUGCUUGGAUGGUCACACACCUCGAGAUCGGACGUUCUUUCACUGAAGGACAUGGAAGAGAUGUUUAAUCUGAAAAUCACAAAGGGCAACACUGUCGUAGCCUUCGAGAAGAUGUGGUUCCUCCAAAAGGCUCAUGCUCAACGAAUCGCCGCCGCCAACGGCCUCGAACUUGAAGAAUUGGAAGACAAGAGCGAAGCAGCCGCCAAAACCUUGGUUGCUGGGACAGAGGCCAGUCAGACGCCUCUUCGUGGUGUUGUCCGCCUCCUCCUCCAAGCGGACGCCAAAUCAUAUACCACACCCGAAGAAUUCAUCAAUCGGAACAAGACUUUCUUCAUCGCCCCUUCUAAUCGCCCAGUGUACAAGCCAGCUGCAAAUGACUCCACCACAGUGCCCAUUUCCGCGCUGCAUACGGCAGCUGCAGCGCUGUCUCUAGUCCCAGACGGCCACUGGACUAUUGAAAACCACCGAUUCAAUAUCAAGUCCUACAACACUGUCCCUCCUGGAACUGAAACUAACAACAUAGUUGACGGUGAAUCCACUGCAAAACUCAUUGCCCAAGACAAAGCCUUCAAAAAGGAACUAUACCACUAUCUCCGCUGGGCUCUUUCGGCCAGUGCUCCUGGUCCCGGAAUCCCGGAGACCCUGACUAUCCUAGGCCGUGCGGAAUCGGUUCGCAGGCUCGAGGAAGCUAGGAGACUAACGACACCGGAGGUUACGCAUGUUAAUACUUGUCGAGUGCCCAAAACGCCGGUCCAGGCGCCGGCUAUGGAGAAUGCGGAUAAGUCGUGGAUGGGGUCAUUGGCGCCGAAGGAAUAG